GUUUUCUACCGCACCGUUCCUUCUUCACCCUCGGCCCCUUAUUUUUGGUGCUCCGACGGCCAGAAUCGGUCGACUGCGGAAGUUAGCUACCUACUUCCGUGCUGACUCCGGUAGUCCGAAAGCGCGCUGCUGCUGCUGUUUCUUUCCCACCGAGAAGACUACAGCUGGCAGUGAAGGAGAGUUUAUAGACGAUAUACAGGAUAGAAAAGGCGGACUUCCUCUCAGUUCCAUCCCAAUUUAGCCCUUCUGCGGACGAAUUCGUUGUUUGGUUGCAGCGGAACUUCAAUGGCGUCGUCAGUCGAGCAGAAGGAUGCACCUGAAACUAAAGAUCAGGAAAACGAGACAGCCGCUGAAAAGUUCAAUGUCGAGGCCGCGGAAGUCUUAGCCACUAGCGCUCAGCGUUUGCCGCUCGCUCAGGCUGCUCCGAUAUACGAACAGCUUCUGCAGUUAUACCCCACAGCUGCUAAAUUUUGGAAGCAAUACGUGGAAGCAAAUAUGGCUGCUAAUAAUGAUGAUGCUACUAAACAGAUAUUCAGCCGGUGUUUGCUGAAUUGUCUUCAAGUUCCUUUAUGGAGAUGCUACAUCCGAUUCAUCAGAAAAGUCAAUGAGAAGAAAGGCGCUGAAGGUCAAGAAGAAACUAGAAAAGCUUUUGAUUUUAUGCUCAGUCAUGUUGGUACGGACAUUGCCUCUGGGCCUAUAUGGAUGGAGUAUAUAACAUUUCUGAAGUCACUUCCGGCGCUGCAUGGGCAGGAAGAGUCACAACGAAUGAUUGCUUUGCGUAAAGUAUACCAAAGGGCAAUUAUUACUCCUACCCAUCAUGUUGAGCAGCUCUGGAGGGAAUAUGAAAUUUUCGAAAAUUCUGUCAAUCGGCAAUUGGCCAAAGGGUUGAUAUCUGAGUUCCAGCAGAAGUAUAACAGUGCCAGGGCUGUAUAUAGAGAGCGAAAGAAAUAUUUUGAAGAGAUUGAUUGGAAUAUGCUGGCUGUACCGCCAACUGGCUCUAGCAAGGAAGAGCAACAAUGGACCGCAUGGCGAAGACUACUGGCUUUUGAAAAGACAAACCCUCAAAGGAUUGAUAGUGAUUCCUCUAAUAAGCGUAUUAUAUUCACCUAUGAGCAGUGCCUGAUGUAUUUAUACCAUUAUCCUGAUAUAUGGUAUGAUUAUGCUACUUGGAAUGCUAAAAGUGGUUCUGUAGAUGCUGCUAUUAGAGUAUAUCAGCGGGCUCUGAAGGCUCUACCAGAUUCAGAGAUGCUGAAAUACGCUUAUGCAGAAUUGGAGGAGUCUCGUGGAGCAAUCCAGCCUGCAAGGAAAAUAUACGAAAGUCUUUUGGGCGAUGGUGCUAAUACAAAUGCACUUGCAUACAUUCAGUUUAUUCGCUUUCUAAGAAGGAAUCAAGGAGUAGAAGCAGCUCGGAAGUACUUCCUAGAUGCCAGGAAAUCCCCCAACUGCACAUACCAGGUGUAUGUUGCUUAUGCAUUGAUGGCGUUUUGCUUGGACAAGGAUCCAAAGAUAGCACAUAAUGUUUUUGAAGCAGGACUAAAGCGUUUUAUGCAGGAGCCUGCAUACAUUCUUGAAUAUGUGGAUUUCUUGUAUCGUCUGAAUGAUGACAGAAACAUUCGGGCAUUAUUUGAGCGGGCACUAAGCUCACUGCCACCGGAGAAAUCUGUUGAGGUGUGGAAACGUUUUGUCCAAUUUGAGCAGACAUAUGGAGAUCUAGCUAGCAUGUUGAAGGUUGAGCAAAGACGAAAAGAAGCCUUUUCAAGUAUAGAUGAGGAUCCAGGAUCAGUUUUAGAGGAUUCAUUAGAAGAAGUUGUGUCACGUUAUAGUUUUAUGGAUCUUUAUCCAUGCUCCACAAAGGAUUUGGAUCAGCUAGCCCGACAAGAGUGGCUUGUUAAGCAUAUGGGUAAGAAGUCUGGUGUGUCCAAUGGACCUAGCAGGGGAGGAGAGAGAGGCCCUCCAAAUCUCCCCAGUUAUUCAAAUUUACCUACGAAAUUUGUUGAUUCAGAUACGUCUCGUACGAUGGCUUCAAGACAAAAACCUGUGGAUAACACAACUGUUGCGAGCACGACAGUUGCUGGAUUCAAUGGGGUACCCAAUGCAUUGUCCAAUUCUGUUGGCCCGUUAGCCAGUUCUGGAGCAACUGGUCCAUUCGAUGAAGUGUUGAAAGCUACUCCACCUGCACUGUUAUCGUUUUUUGGCAAACUUACCCAUAGUUGAAGGUCCAACACCAAAUGUCGACAUCAUACUUUCCAUCUGUCUACAAAGCGAAACAGUGGCACCAUCAGCAGCUCCAGCAGGUCCUGGUAAAGGUAGGAAGGGAGGAGGAAGUCAUCAGGCCGGGCCAGCCACAAGUGACCUCUCUGGUUCAAGCAGGUCACACCAGGCUCCAACCGGCUCAUCGUUCAGACCACGACAGUCUGGGAAGAGGAAGGAUUUCGGCAGGCAAGAGGAAGAGGAGAGCUCGACGGUCCAAAGCCAGCCGGUGCCCAAAGAUGUUUUCCGGUUAAGGCAGAUUCGGAAAGCCAGAAUAGGCACCGGGGCUUCACAGACGGGUUCAACGUCUUAUGGGAGUGCACUUUCUGGGGAUCUUUCAGGAAGCACUGGCUAGUGGCUAGAUUAGAAGUUGUAAUUGCAGUCCUUUUCCCUUGUAAUAUUGCUGUUGUAUAUUAUAAUUUAUAGGUCUGUAAGCCUGGCCGGGAUACCCACUGAGUUGGGCCGGAAAAGUUUGUCUACAAGGUCAACUUAGGAUCUUAUGACUCCAAAAUAAUGUUAAACACAGACCAAGUCAUAAAUCUCAAAAUUCAAUAUAAUUUUCUGAGUUGAGUUGGGUGAAAAUCCAGCUCGUAGGGAUGUGCAAUGGUUUGGACAGGAUCAAACUAAUGAGAACGGUGGUCUAUUAGUGAAAUACAUUUUAGAAUAAAAAAUUUAAUCAUCAUUGAAUUCGG